AUGGCUGCUAAAAACAUACUCCUCUUCGGCGCGACUGGCCAAAUCGGCUCGUUCAUCUUGGAGGCCAUACUCACUACCCGCGAUUCCUUCGGCCGAGUAGCCAUCUUCACCUCCGCACGAACUGCCGAGACCAAAUCGGCAUAUCUGGAAAAGCUAAAGCAGCAGAAAAUCGAGAUUAUCAUUGGAGAUGUUGAAGAUGAGAGUGCCAUAAAGGCUGCAUACAAUGGAAUCGACACCGUCAUCUCAGCCCUUGGUCGAAACACCCUCGCCCAGCAGAUCUCUCUCAUUCGCCUCGCAGCCGCAAGUUCCGAUGUGAAAUGGUUCUUCCCAUCCGAGUAUGGCACAGAUAUUGCCUAUGGCCCUGCCUCGGCACAUGAAAAGCCCCAUCAGCAAAAGUUGAAGGUUCGCGCUGUGCUUGAGCGGGAAAUUUCACGCAGUGACCUCGACUACUCGUACGUCGUGACGGGUCCAUUUGCAGAAAUGUAUCUUGCCUUCACGCCCGGGCUGGAAGAAGCCGGUGGAUGGGAUGCUAAGGGACGGAAGGCUGUCGUGGGAACGCUCGUUCUGUCCGCUCUUCUCAACGCUGGUCCUGAGGCUCGCAACCGAGCUCUGCGCGUGAACUCGUUCACCACUACCCCGGCUGAAAUUCAGGCUGAGUUUGAGCGUCAGACGACUGGUCAGCCAUGGGAGUCCGUUUCGGAAACCUCCCUUGAGCGACUGCGAGAGCUAGAGAAAGCCGCAUGGGACGCUGGAAAUGGAGCUGCGACGGUGCUCACUCUGCGCCGCAUCUGGACUGAGGGAGGCACUUUGUAUGAGCAGCGGGAUAAUGGGCUUAUUGGGGAGCCCAAGGUAAUGGGUCUGCAAGAGGUGAUUGCGAAUGAGAUCCGCCGAGUUUCUUCACUCUAA